CGCGCAUGCUCAGAGCUCACAGUCACUGACCUGUCGCACUUCAGCACACUGUUCAUCCAGCAUCAAUGGGAAACCGCACUGCAUUCCUUGUAAACAACUCACUUCUCUGCGUGUCAAAUGCCAAAGGGAUCUGUCAAAACCAACGGAUAUGUCCGAAAGUUCCUCUGGAGUGAACACCAGCAGUGAAAGUUUUCCCAAGUCUCACUCGCACUACUCUGAGUUAAGCGACACACACACUCCUUUCUCUGUGGAACUGACUCCAGACUCUGGCAUUGUUGCCACUCCAUUGCCAUCCAGCCGCUUCAGGUUUGCCUCGUGGCACUGGCUAGAGGAGCAUGAUGUGCGUGGAGACCAGCUCGCCUGCCCCAGGGUCAGAGAGGGGCCUGCUGAAGACCAGCUGUCCCUUAACAGUGAAGACAUAUUUCUCAGAGGAGGCAGAAGGAAGAGGAGGGAGGAUGAAGGACAGAAAUGGGAAGAGAGACUCCAGGAGAACUGGGAGAACUGUGUGGUGCUGAACUUGUCUUAUCAGAACCUAGGAGAUCCAUACCAGCUGGAGAACUUCAUCCGCAUCCUGAGGAGACUGAUCCGGGUGGAGCGUCUGCAGCUGGUGGAUAACGCACUGAGAGAUCUCAGCUCUGUCAGACUGCCAAGAUGUAAAAUCCUGAAUCUUCACCGGAACAACUUGAUGUCCAUUCGUCAGCUGCCAAAGGUUCCUGAGAUCCAGCACUUGUGCCUGUCUGAAAACAGUAUUUCCUCUCUGAGCGAACUGUCCCUCCUGAGGAGCAUGCCGCUCCGAUCUCUGACCCUCAAACGCAACCCCUGCCAGUUUCUGGAGGACUACCGCUCACGCGUGUUCUCUUGUUUGCCAAAACUCCAAGUUCUGGAUGGCAUCCCAAAGCUACUGGAAGAUUCCGUGCCUACCUCUUCACCAGCAGCGUCCAGAUUCUGUACCAUUCUCUGAUGUUGAAACAGCUGAACCUGAAGCCAAGAUCCACUACUCAGAAAAAAUGGAUCGUAGGCAUCUGUUCGUGCUGCGUGUAAUUCAGACUAUUUGGUUGCUCAAUGACCAGCCAACCCUUUGUUCGGUUCACACUUUGUCCUGAGGACUGUUUUGACAGACAAGUCUGUUCUUGGGUGGUAUCACCUGAUGCCCGCCUGACAGUGUGUGAAGAAGAAGAAGCACAGAGAUUAAAUCAGAUACAGUCAUGUGACAUUGUUAGCAGCAGAUAACUGAUGAUGUCACAGCACCUGUUGGCUAAGCAUUUCAUGUUCUCAUGGACUGAACCGUAGAAACAAUAUCUUAGAUUGAAAUUAAAACUGUAACAGUGGUUGGGUUUGGAAAAAAUUGCCCUUGUUUUGUACAUCAUUGUGGGUCAUUCUAAAACUCUUAGCGUGAA